GUUUGUUUUUUUUUGUUGUUGUUUUUUUUUUUUUUUCCAUUUUGUUCAUUUAUAUUUUUCCCUCAAGUACUUUGGUGAUGACGAGUAUGAGAAAGACACAGAUGAAGAGGAGGGGGAUGGGCUGAAUAUUUAAAUAAAAUUGUUUUUCUUUAACUUUACCUCUGAUCUUUGUGUAUCUUUGAGCAUGCAGUGUGACUGUGAGUCUUUGUGUUUGUGCCUUUACUACCGUUACUACCACGACCAAAUGUUACAUACAACUCUGAGUAUUAUAUACAAAGCCCGUUUGAUAUAAUAAACAGUAUUUAAUUUGUGAACCUUUACUUUUACCGUUUAUUUUUGUCUUAAUUUGCGGAAUUAUUCCACUGAAUCAUCAUUGUCUGACUAGGAAGUAAUGUUUGAUUCCCGUUCCUGCACGUUCCGUUAUUAGCGACGCACACCGGGAUAAUUGGUAUAGGUGUUCAUAUCUUGUUAGUAUAUUCCGGUCAGGACAAUUGAAAUUGUUUAGGCAAACAGACCGAGAGCAAGCGAUCAGAAUUUAUCACCACCCCACGACAUCCUGCAGGAUCUCGCUCCGGACUGAGCGAGCAACAGAAUCACGGUCAUCAACCACGUAUGUGCAGGCACGGGAGGUUGACUGCAGAACUGACAACGCAUGACCGCACAGCUGUGCUCAGGGCCGCCAAAGGAGACUUACUGGCCGUGAUAAGGCUCCGCGAUCUGCCCGUGAUAAGGCCAGAUAAGGCUCUGCGUGCUGACAUACCACCUAGCUUUCAGCGGAAGCUGCACGAGCGAUGGGUGAAGGCAAACAGACCGAGAGCAAGCCAUCAGAAUUUAUCACCACCCCAGGACAUCCUGCAGGAUCUCGCUCCGCACUGUGAGCCGGUCAACAGAAUCAUGGUCAUCAACCAUGUAUGUGCAGGUCAGGGUCCACUGUAUGACGGGGCAGUCUUUUGUUCACCUCGAUGGGCCGUUAACGAAUGAGCUAUCGAGCUAUUCAGCUGAUGGAGCUUAAAUUCUAGGUUAAAUUCCAAGUGAGUAUUUGUUGCAAUAUGGACUGUUUGUUAUUAUUAUAUAAUAAUAUAAACUAGUCAGAAUAACAGACUUCAUCUGUCACGAAAUAAGUAUCUUUUCAGGGUACACUUAAAUUCUUGUUAUAAAUUUUAUUUACACACUUAUACCAAUACUUCUGACUAGUUUAUAUUAUUAUUUUGUGCCACUAAAGUAUUAUUUAUGAAAUACUAUUAAAUUUGCUUUCACAUCCCUAACAGCAAGAUGCUCCCUAGCGUUCCAUCGGAAUAUCCAUCCAUCUCCCAGUGGCUAAGGACGUGAUGUUUUUUUUUUUAAAGAAAAAAAUUCUAGUGAACUCCAAAAUGGUCUUGUUAAUUUGCCUGACCAUAUAUCUUGUUAUAUAUACCUGUAUGCCAGUUUUUUGUUUGUUUUUUUUUAACUCUAUUUAUUUGCAUAAUGCUUAAUCAAAACAUACAUUUUAGAUAGUCCGAGCUGCAUUUUCAAGACAAAGUGAUAUGCCAAGCAUUACACCACAGAAGGCGUAUCCCUCCAGACCUCAACCCAGCUUUGUAUUACCUGUCAACGAAUUGGUGAUUGGUCGCCUGAUGCCUCAGAAUAGGUGGGCGUGUCUAAUGUUUGGGCAUAAAUACAGAGGGUACAUUCAAGGUACUUUACUCUUUUUUGGAUAAGGAUAUAAAUUCUGUUCCUGCAUUUGCUUAAUUUUGCUUUGAUACCGCUUUAAGAAUGGCUCCAAACAGGUAAGACAUUUUGUGUCAUUUAGUGUAUUUGCUUGUGUUUAUUUGUGUUUCUUUCACUGGACUUUCUCUGUACUCAUGGUCUCGUUAUUUUGAAGGUUUGCUGAACGCAACAUUGUCCACUGCUUGCGGUGCAAGAAGCCGCAGAAACCUCUCGCUGGCCACCUGGCUAGAGUGUGUAUGAAAGACAGCACAGCAGAAGAAAGGCAAGCUGAGAUCCAGAAGGCCAAGGUAUCUUCCAGACGGUGGGUCUGGAGGAACAGGACCUGGGAUUACCGCCAGCUUUGUUCUAUCCUGCCCCACAGUCCGUGUGCUUCUUUACUGGCGGAAGAAUUUCAGAGGCGUGGGUUCUUUAUCACCAACAUGCCGCAAGAGUCAGACACGGCCAUUGACUCAGGUGAUGCCACCUCCUCACAACAGGGUUCGACUUCUGAUCAGAGAUAUGAUGACAGUGACACAGUACCAGGCCAUUUUGGCGGUAGCCAGGAACGACUUCCUGAAAAUCUUUCGGAAGCUCGUCUCAAGCGCACAGGUCCUCUCAACAGAGGAGACCAGCUAUCGCCGCUACUGCACGGCACUUUUGGUGUUACGUCACUUUCAGUGCCCGGCAGCUGUGCAAGGCCUGACCGUGUCAGAGUGGGUCAACAGGAAGGAAGUUGACGACAGGGUGGUGAUUGGCUUCGGCCGAAAUGAAACGAUGCAGCGAGCUGCCUGUUUUGCCUUGACAAAGGAGGAGGAAGCUUGGUUGCAGGCAUAUUACUCGCACAUCCGGCCAAGAGUGAUCAGGAGUGACCUGAACUGUGACAGGUUCUUCCUUUCGUCAGCUGACACUGCUUUGCUCACAGUUUCGAAUGACCUCGGUGUGCUCCACAAAGCUUAUGAAAAAAGCUGGAGUAUGGGAACACUCGAAAACUUUUUAAGAGCCACCAGUCGUCAGGCGAGAAGUGCUUUAGAGACAGCGGCGGCUAACCUGACGGACACGGAGAAGGAGGCCGUGUCCUCUUACCUGGCCUACAACACUGCUGUGGCCAAACUGCGCAGAGUACCUACGCCACAGACUGUAGUGGCCACGGCUACACUGCUGGACUCCUUGGCAGGCUCUGACACCGACCGGUUUUCCGGUCCAUCGGGCACAAAGUCUUUAGACUUUGCAGCCUUUUUAAUGAGGUUUCCGGCAUCGGCAGACAGCAAAGCACCCACCAAACUGGACAGGUUAAAGGCAGGGUUUCCGGGCGAUCGUGUCUUCUACGACAAGUGGCGUGCCGCCCAAAAGGCCAAAAGAAUGGAACGGCUGCUGAAGGCCUUUACCCGAAAACCCCAAGAAAGCAGGGUGAAAUACGGGAUUCUGAAGGAAGGGUGGAAGAACAACUGUCCAAAGCCAGCGGAUGUUUUGGCGGCCUGGAAACCAGCCACCCAAUUUGUCAUCGAGACUGAUGAGGACCUCCGCCGGAACGUGUCUCAGCAGACGUGGAAAGGCCUGGCCAUCAAAGAUUUUGGUGGAGAGAAAGGGCUAGCAGUUGUUGCAACCCAACCCUUUUCCAAGGGUGACAUCGUGUGUGAUUACCAUGGGAAGGUAAUCACAUAUGCCCAGGGAAAAGUCAUGAUGCAGAAUCUGCAGGAUGAAGCAGUGUACCUGUUUUUCUUCAGGACCGGCCAGAGGCCUCUCUGCAUCGACGCGCAGACUUUUCCCUGUGAAUGCCAUCCCUGUGCAGACACUGUGGGCAGAAGAUUGAACCAUUCAUCCAAGCAAGCCAACCUGUGUCCUGAACCUUUCGUUUUGAAGGUGAAUGGACAGGACGUGGAUGUCGUCCUCUUCAGGGCCCUGCGGGACAUCAGUGUGGACAUUGAACUGAAGUUUGACUAUGGGGUGAAAAGGAAGUCCUUCCGAGGAGAGGACCAGGAUCUGCAAUGGCUAGAUGAGUGAUUUUGCUCAUCUGAUGAUGUGCAAUAUUCUGCAGGAAAGUGACUUCUGUCUCAGUUCCUCAGAAGAGGAUGACAUGCCACCUCCUAAAGCCUAAUUCAAUGGCCAGCUAUGUGAUAAUACUGUUUUAAAUAUUUGAAAAGCCUAAUUCUGCGUAGACUAUUACAAUUUUUUUUCAUCCACUUUUGCAAAAUAAGAAUGUGGUGUAAUCAUUGAGGUUUCAUUCAAUUCUUAUGUGUCUUCACAUAGAUGAGUACCAUUUAUCAUUAAUUAUAAUACAUAACUAAAGGCAUACUGAGCAAAUUUGUUAUUUCAGAAGAGUGUAUUUGACUUAAUUUAAUUCAAAUUCAAACUUGAAAUUCUGGGGGAAAGCCUGUAUCUUCUGUGGCUGUGCCAACAACAGCAGGGCCAUUAAGGAAGACAGAAGAGCAUAUUCCCCCAGAGCAUAUUUUCAUAGGUCAACUACUUAAAGAAUUAAUAAACUUUUAAUUAUUAUAUUAAAGCUGAGAAUUAGGCCUUUGCAGAGAUGCCUAGAAUGUUUAUACGGGACCUUCUGGUGGUGAACAGGAUAUUAUUUAGUGCAAGUUGAAGUUGACCUUUGAAGGCCCAAGACCAACCUUUGCCUGUCCCGGUGGACGUAGAUGGUACUGCAGUGAAUUUCUGAAAUUUUCACCAGCUCUGGUGUAAUCAUUGAGGAUUCACUCAUGCAAGCACACAGAUCAGCCACAUUAAAUGUGAGAAUAAAUGUGACUCUGAUCGUUUUGAUCAUUGCAAUUGGAUUGCAUUUAAUUUGAUUUAUUAUUUCACCUUUUGAAGCAGUCAGCAAAAGACAGCCACUAAGGAGAACAAUGCAUUUAGCCCCUGUGCUGGGAGAUGAUGGGUCUGGGUAGUGUGAAAAUCUCAGCUAAGUGCCAGCAAAGAGCAUAGAGUCCAUAGGACACCUUCAUUUUAAAUGCAAUUCAAGUGAUAAACUGGACAUUUUCUCGAGACUCAGGAAAUUUUUGAAUGGUGUCUCUAUGCCCAUCCAAAGUUGAGAAAGCUUAUCAGAAGUGAUAUGAGCCCCACCUCAAAUUAAACCCAAAAGGCCUGCAGACUGGACUGCCAGUUUGUGGACAAUUGUGGAAUUCAGCCACAAUUAUGUUAUCACAUUAUUAUAAUAUUGUGUGUGUGUGUGUGUGUGUGUG